UUAUCUUUUUUUUCAGAUAAACGUGAAACUCAGACGAUAGCAGGCGACGAUUGGAACUCACUGUCAUCAGCUGUGCAGACUGGCAACUUUGCCAUCAUCGAGGAUAUGUUGUCACGUAGCCUGGAUAUCAACACAAAAAAUAACGGUGGUAAUACGGCCUUAAUUUUAGCUGCUUUGACUGGCAAAAGAGAUACCGUAAAUUACCUCUUAGACAAAGGGGCUGAUCCCUUUAUUGUAGGCCACUCUGGCAUUACUCCACUGCACGCCGCAUCAAUGAAUGAUAAUGUCACCAUCAUCGAGACACUAAUGUCACGUGGUCUAGAUGUUGAUUCAAAAGAUAGUAAAGGAAGGACACCAUUGAUGUUGGCUGCAGCUUGUGGCAAGAUUGAAGCUGUAAAUUAUCUUUUAGACAAAGGAGCCGACCCCUGUAUUGGAGAACAGUUAGGAAGAAAUUCACUACACGCCGCUUCAGAAGGUGGUAAUGUCAUCAUCAUCGAGAAACUAAUGUCACGUGGUCUGGAUGUCGAUUCAAAAGAUAGUGAAGGAAGGACACCAUUGAUGAUGGCUGCAGCUUUUGGCAAGAUUGAAGCUGUAAAUUAUCUUUUAGACAAGGGAGCCGAUCCCUAUAUUAGAACCCAGUCAGGAGGAACUUGUCUGCACGACGCUUCACAGGGUGGUAAUGUCACCAUCAUCGAGACACUAAUGUCACGUGGUCUAGAUGUCGAUUCAAAAGAUAGUAAAGGAAGGACGCCAUUGAUGUUGGCUGCAGCUUGUGGCAAGAUUGAAGCUGUAAAUUAUCUUUUAGACAAAGGAGUCGAUCCCUGUAUUGGAGAACAGUUAGGAAGAAAUUCACUACACGCCGCUUCAGAAGGUGGUAAUGUCACCAUCAUCGAGAAACUAAUGUCACGUGGUCUAGAUAUCGAUUCAAAAGAUAGUGAAGGAAAGACACCAUUGAUGAUGGCUGCAGCUUUUGGCAAGAUUGAAGCUGUAAAUUAUCUUUUAGACAAGGGAGCCGAUCCCUAUAUUAGAACCCAGCCAGGAGGAACUUGUCUGCACGACGCUUCACAGGGUGGUAAUGUCACCAUCAUCGAGAAACUAAUGUCACGUGGUCUAGAUGUCGAUUCAAAAGAUAGUGAAGGGAGUACACCAUUGAUGUUGGCUGCAGUUUGUGGCAAGAUUGAAGCUGUAAAUUAUCUUUUAGACAAAGGAGCCGAUCCUUGUAUUAGAGACCAGUCAGGAGUAACUUCCCUGCACGCCGCUUCACAGGGUGGUAAUGUCACCAUCAUCGAGAAACUAAUGUCACGUGGUCUAGAUGUCGAUUCAAAAGAUAGUGAAGGAAGUACACCAUUGAUGUUGGCUGCAGCUUGUGGCAAGAUUGAAGCUGUAAAUUAUCUUUUAGACAAAGGAGCCGAUCCCUCUAUUAGAGACCAGUUAGGAAGAAAUUCACUACAUGAUGCUUCACAGGGUGGUAAUGUCACCAUCAUCGAGAAACUAAUGUCACGUGGUCUAGAUGUCGAUUCAAAAGAUAGUGAAGGGAGUACACCAUUGAUGUGGGCUGCAGCUUGUGGCAAGAUUGAAGCUGUAAAUUAUCUUUUAGACAAAGGAGCCGAUCCCUCUAUUAGAGACCAGUCAGGAAGAAAUUUACUACACGCCGCUUCACAGGGUGGUAAUGUUGCCAUCAUCGAGGAACUAAUGUCACGUGGUCUAGAGAUCGAUCUAAAAGAUAAUAGAGAAAAGACACCAUUGAUGUUGGCUGCAGUUUGUGGCAAGAUUGAAGCUGUAAAUUAUCUUUUAGACAAAGGAGCCGAUCCCUGUAUUAGAGACCAGUCAGGAAGAAAUUUACUACACGCCGCUUCACAGGGUGGUAAUGUUGCCAUCAUCGAGAAACUAAUGUCACGUGGUCUAGAGAUCGAUCUAAAAGAUAAUAGAGAAAAGACACCAUUGAUGUUGGCCGCAGCUUGUGGCAAGAUUGAAGCUGUAAAUUAUCUUUUAGACAAAGGAGCCGAUCCCUCUAUUAGAGACCAGUCAGGAAGAAAUUCACUGCACGCCGCUUCAAUGUACGGUAAUGUUGCCAUCAUCACAAAAAUGCUGUCACUUGGUUUGGAUGUUAAUUCAAAAGAUUUUGCAGGUCGCACACCGUUAAAAAUCGCAAAAAAAUAUGGCAAAACUGAGGCCGUAACCUUCCUACUUAACAAGGGAGGACAUUAGUUUUUAUUUCUUACUGCUCCUUUUAAAAACUUCGUUCAGGUCCGUAGUCGCGAAAAGAAACGAUUGAUAAAUUUUACAAUAUUGAUAAAGACUGGAUAAUAAUUAAUUCAUAAUACCGCGAGAGAAGGAACAAAUCUUGGAAGGCCUAUCGAUUCCCUUUUUGAUUGUAUAAAAUAGAUCACCUGCACACGAUGUUAUCACAAAUUUAACAUAGCUUUACACCCUAACAUCAGUAUUCAUAUUCUCCAUACUGUUCUUGAUACAUUUCCUUAGGUGCUAACAAGGAGAAUUAGCUGAACGAUCAAGAGCUUCUGUAGUUGUUGAUCAUUUGCGUUAUUCUCAUGACCUUAAUAUGUGAUUUAAGGGUGAUAUUGUAAGGAGAAAUUAGAUGCUAGUCACUCUAAUGGGGUUAAAGGGUCAAGUUCAGAUUUUUCGCCCUUCAGGCUUCUGUCAUCAAGUUGUAGUUUAUUUCAUUCAAUCAUAAGUUAACUCAAAUGUAGAGCUUUAACCCUUUUACUCCCAAGAUCUCAUCAGUAAUUCUCCUUCCUGUCUGUCAUACAACUCUUUUGAUGUUAAUUUUGAGAAUUUGGUAUUGGAUCAAUCAAUAUUUCAUUUGUUGAUAUUUUUCUUUAUUCUCAUCACUUGUCUGCUUGAUAUUGUAUUAAUGCUGUAAGGAGAAAUUCUGUCUUGGUUACUUAUGGGAGUUAGAGGGUUAAAGAUGUCCCAUCGAGGAAUCAAGAGCUCUUUCAAAAACCCUUUAACCUGGUACUCUGGAACUUUGUAUCAUAGUUGUUUUAUGAUUUUUAAUAAGAUGCGUAUUAUAAGAUAAGAACUGCUGUACACAGUUAUUUGUUAUCACCAAACUCAAUGUAGAAUAGUGUGUUUGGAUGUUUUAACAUUCCCAUAUAAUUCAGUUAUAUACUCGUUAUGCAUUUCUAAACUUAAGCCUAAAGUAUCAGUAUUUCUAAGAGAUAUGCAGAUGAUGUGGCAUUCUUUUCUUAUAUUCCAAAGUGGAACUUGUGUUAAGUUUUAGACUAACAGGCCAUUACAUUAGUCAUUAAGGCUAUUAUAUCAUUGGAACUAUACUCUAUAUAUUUUUAUCGUUAUACAUUGUUGGAACUUUGGAGUGACAUUAACCAUAUGCUUUGAUCAUCCAGAUGGAAGAAGUCCAAAAUAUUGACAGUGACAAUGGCUUUGGUUUCAAAGACAUGAAAAGAAGUUAUCACCACAAUCAAAUGAGAAAUUUUAAGUUCAAUUCUGGUCCUUGAAAAGUGACAACUGUUAUUUGGAUGAUCAAACCACAUGGCUGAAUGUUCUCCUUGGUUAGAUGUUUUUUAGCGUGUUUUUUUUUAGUGUUGUCUCAUGAUACGGCUGGAGACUCUUCAGUUAUGAGACACUGUUUUAUUUUGCAAUGAAUUGGUAACUUUGAAAAUGUAGUAGAUUAAAAACAGAACAUUUAAAUUGAUUUUUAUUUCAGUAAAUAACUUAGUAAAUGGCCUAGUUCGAUAAAUGUUAGAGGUAAAAACUGCAUCUGCUACCUUACUUCUCGUCCGAGCCCUUUCCCCAACCCCCUCCCUCCACCUUCCCUCACCCCCUUCCCCCCUUCCCUCACCCCUUCCCCCCCCCAUUCGUCCUUAUCUCGUGGGGAACUUAUUCUUGAUCCUAAAAUGUGCAAGGAAGUUUUUCAUAAUGAUCAAAUGGUCCUCUCACUUGAAGACAAUUGUUUAAUCUUUGCAAUCUUUUAUUUGUCACAAAACCGCCUUUUUAGUUUUACAGCACAACGGGAGAUAAUGAAAGAAUGGAAUUAUUUUCAAAACAAGAUAAGGCGAUGACCUCGUUCAGGAGAAGGCGGCUAUUCUUUUCAAUGAAUAAAUGGGGGUACCUCUUUAUAAGAAACUGUGGAGCAGCGCUGGUGGGAGAGUAUAACAGGGUAAUCAAGUACUAUUAUCUGAGUUGAUGACGUAAAUUAGCCACCGUAAAGAGUAAAAAAGCUGACGUUUCGAGCGUUAGCCCUUCUUCAAUAGCUCUGACGAAGGGCUAACGCUCGAAACGUUAGCUUUCAAACUCAUUACGGUGGCCAAUUUACGUUAUCAACUCAGUUGGUAAUACUUAGUUACCCUAUUCUAUCAGAUGGUUUAUCGAUAACAGGGCACCUUGAUACGUAAUCACGAAAAAACUAACCAAAGGAAAGAGCUGUCUUGCGUAUUCGCCUCCAUCUUAUUGUUCUAUAAACAACAACUUCAGCAGUUUGGUAUCGUCUCAAGAAGGAGAUUUUUGCCGGCUAAAAGAGUGCGCUGUGUUCGGAAGAAGACCAAGUUGGCAUAGGAGACGCUUUGUGAUGUUGGAAGAUAAGCUAUACUGUUAUGAGAAAGAGGGAAGAAGUGCUGGUGCUCUCCGAGAUCAUAAUGAUGUCCAGUGUCACGUCUUUGACUAUUCAGAACUCCAUGUGCAUUAAGAUUUCCCAAGUUGAUGGGAGUAUUAGAAUGUUGAGAUUUUCGUCUGCAGAAGUCAGAAACGCUUGGCUCACGGCCUUAUUGACAGCUAAGGCAGUCAAUUUACUGAAGUACCAGUAAUAGUUUUAGAGGCAUCCCUACUUCAGUAAAUAAUCUAAACAUUCAAGCAUGUAAUUAGUCAAGUUUGAUUCUUUACAGGUGUAAAUAUACUCUAAGACUUCUGAUGAGGUUUUAAACAAUAUUGAUAUCAUAAUUAUGACUAGGAAUUUUUUUAAAUCUCUAAGGGAAAAAUAUUAAAAAUUUCUGAGUCCCAAGGCAAGGUUAAAACAGUAUUUAUUUAGUCGUUCAAGGAAAACAAAUAUAAAUUCCCAUGAAAUUGUUGCGCUUAUUUUCGUACAGCCCUUUUCAUUAAAGUGACCUUUGAGAUAAUUAAUCGUAGAGCAUGAUUACUUUCAAUACUCAAUCUUUUAAGAGGGAAAUAAGUACCUUUUACUGUCAGACUAAUAGAUUUGUAUAAAAGUAUUUUUAAUGCAACUUUAACUUUAGGAAAAGUCCAGAGGAAUUGGGGUUAUUCAUGAAAAAUUUAAUCUUCUUUCGACCAUAAAAUCCCUUCGAUUGCAAUGACCCAAUAAGUUAAGCUUUAAAAAUGUAUCUGUAGGUCGCGAACUCAGGAUAUUAUUCCUGUAAAUAGUUUCAUCUCGUUGAAAAUGCGCAGUUCAAACAUAAAAAUUUGACUGAGGAAUACGAGAUGGGUGGCAUGUUUACAUUGCACCUCUUUAGCUCGUCCGCCACACUGACCGGAAGAUGAGGUCAAAUUAAAUGAGUUGUUUUGAACAACACUUCGGCUACUAAAAAUACAUUUUAUUAGAGUUUUUCUAUAACCACAAAUAUCAGAGGAGUUUUCUGUUUAUCUUAACCCUUUAACUCCCAAGAUCUGAUUUUCAAUUCUCCCCUCUAGCUGCUACACAUCUCCUUUUCAAUCAGUUAAAGAAUUUGGUGUUAGAUCAAUAAUAACAACUUCUACAUGAUAAGUUUUAAUAUUCUCAUUAAUUACAUGAUGUAUGGAUAUUAUAGGGAGAGGUUACCUCCCAAUCACUUCUGGGAGUUAAAGGGUUAACCAUUUCCUCUCUACAUUUCUCAAACAGUGAUUUUCUUUGCUGAUUGACAUACAUAUGUUGACUCUGAGAAUUGGGGAGUUGAUCAGACAACAUCCCUUUUCUUUAUUCUCGUCACCAAUCUGCUUGCCUUUGUAUUGAUAUCGUGAGGGCAGGGAAUAAUGAAUUGGUCAGCAGUCCUGGUGAAGGGAUUAACACUCUACAAUGAAGAUUAUCAAGAAUACGCUUGGCAUUUAGUGAUGACAGAGAGGAAAAAAAUUUCAUUUUGGCACGUCAGUUGAACAAAUCUGAACAGAUUUUAGAUGGAAAAAUCAAGGAACAUGUAUUUUCAGACGUAUUAAAAUCGAACUUGUUCUCAAAAAUUCAUCCUGUAAUAAGACAUUGAAAACAUGAUAGCGAGUGACAAUUUUAGGUAUACUGCUUUGUGCGUGAACUGUAGUUUGUGUUACGUCACACACGUGAAAAUGUGAGUGGUUACCACGCACAAAAAAGACUUUUAUCACUAUGCCGUUACAAGAAACCCACCAAAGUCCAAAGAUGAAAAAGCUCUGCUCGGGACAUCACUUAUACGAAGUCAUGCCUGAGCGUAAACGAAGUACGUGUUCGUUUCUACUCUAUUUUGCGGGUCAAAAAUGCUAAAUAUGGCCUUUAUUACAAGCACAACAUUGAGGGAGCUCGGAUUUCGUAAUCGGAAAUCUACCCGAGACAACCCCCCUAUGACGGAUUUCGCAUUACGCUCUUCCGCCAUGUUGUAAAUUUACAUGAAAUGCCAAAACCGAACUGCGCUCGAUCGAAAUGCUAGUAUUUUAGAUGCAAAGCAACGACAGCUAAAAUGUCUUACGUACAAUAUAAUCAACUUCUUUUUGAGAUCAGCCAACGACUCGAUCUACUGAACCAACAUGGACAGUUACUCUUCAUGUGUAGAGGAUGUGUGGCGUCAAGACCUGAAGACAUUCCCGAUGCACUUUCGCUCUUUCGAGAGCUAGAGGAUCGAAAUAAAUUGGCCAUUGAUCGCGUUGAGCUAUGGAAAGAGCUGCUAAAAGCGGUCGGAGAAUGGCCGUUGUUUGAUAAAGUGAGAAAGUUUGAGGAGAAAAGGAAAGAAUAUCAAGAAUUGCUUGAACAGAUCAGCCGCGCUCUCGACGAAAGCAAUCAACUGCAGCAGCUCAUUGCUGUCUGCACCGAGAGGGUAACGUUGGAGGAUAAUGAAAGAAACUCUCAAACUGCUCGAAUUUUGUUUGAAAAACUUGAAGGCCGAGAACUUUUUGAGUUUGGUCGUCUUAAGUUCUUGAAAGAGAUUUUAUCGAGAAUUCAGAGGCGAGAUCUGGUGAAGGAAGUUCAAGAUUUCGAGACGCGACGAAUUGAUGAAGAUGAAUUUGAAAGAAGGAAAGGUAACGAUUAUUUAGUUCUCUGUAAUUUUUAUUUUGCCGCAUUUUUUGCGGGAAAGUAUCUAAGAGUCUUCGCUCAAAUAAUGUCCAUCGAGUGAGCAUAAUAUGCCAUAUAUUGAUCAGAACUCAACAUUUAAAUCCAAUUCUGUCUGGUUAUUGUAAUUCUUCUGCCUAAUUUGUCAUUGAAACUUGCAAUUUAAGCGUAUGCCGGUAGCAUUGUUGCAGGAGCCAGAGUUGUUGGUGGAAGAGCAAUCGGAGGUGAGUUAAAAUUGGUGGGAUUUAAGUGUUGAGCAUGAGUAGGGAAGAGUUUCAAACACCGUAAACAAACCAAAGAUCGGAAGCACUCUAAACUAAUUAAUGCAUACUGACGAUUUACUAUAAAACUAUUUUACGGAGAUAUGAGAAAGUGUGGGUAUCUUGCGUACUAGUUAACAUGCUCGUGUCGGUGCGUUAUAUGGUCGAAGUUGCUUCCAAUUUCUUCGAUGAAUCCGAGUCGUGCCCCCAAACUUCGCCAGCGAGGAAAUUGUCAAUACGAUUAAGUUAUAAUUUAAGGUUUUUUCUGGAGCGUCCAUCGGUAAACAGUAGAUGUUUAUUGCCUACCUUAAAGUUAGGUGUGAUGUGAAAGAAGCAUUUUACUUAUAUAGAUGUUUUUCUUCUGGUGCAAAGUUGUUGUGAGACGGUUAUAAUCCAGUAAGUUUAUUUCCUCGCUUCCGAUUGGUCCAUGCGGAUCACCUGGCUGAAAUGCUCGCUGAAAGCUGAAGAAUACCAUUCGAGCGAGAUUUCCAAGAUUGUACAGUCAUAUUCCUCAAAAAUGUAACCCUAGGUAAACCAAAUUCGGAUAGUCUGCUUCUUAGAAAACAUAGAAAGACAGAUUUGCAAUUUGCAAUUUGCAUAGGACUGCGAUUAAUUUGGUUUAACCGUGUGAUCACGUUGUCUGGAACGGUAUGUUUUCUCGUCAACCGCAAAAAUGAAAAAGUCAGCAGAUUCAAACAAUGCAAAACAAAAUCCCUCGAUGUUGGACCGUCAUAGUCACGUACCUCUCACGGUUCUUUUCCAACUUGUUUACAAUGAUCUUCGCCAGACUACCACCAAAAAUGAUUUUAAAUAUCAACAUUCAAAAUUUAAUUUAGUGCUAUUUUUUAGUACUGAACAUGAAGACAGUGUGUCGAGUGGCAGCAGCGGGAUUAACCUUACUCUCCGUCCGUGCGAUUUUGAAAGGGUGGUCAACUUAUGAUCAGUUAGUCACCGGCUUCCAGAAUUGUGUGCUUCCUGCUGGUUCAAGAUUGAUUGAAGUGGGUACAGGGUGCGUAUGCUUUACAAUUCAGGCCGACAAUCUCAUGGGGCUCACUGCUUUGUGGAACAUGUACGAGGAUGGUGGGCUCAAGAAACGUCUAUUCGAUUUUUUUGUGACUGAUGAGAUGAAGACCCGUGCCGGUGGUGAAGAGAAUGUGGAAUUGACUGUGACGAUUGAAAAAGAAGAAUACGAGAAAGCUUACUUAGAGCUUGUUCAAGAAGCUGACGGUGAGUAAUUUUAUCUGAAGGUGUAGCGAACUGAAUUUGAAGAACGCAGAAGGAUAUUAAUUAAAACAAAGGCGUUUGUUGAUAUAUGUUUAAAAUAAAAAACACUGGGGAUGUUUUUAUUCUGCAUCUUUUAUACGCUCGCAGGCCGAUCUCCUCCGGGGUCAUUGCUUCAGUAGCAAGUUGAAAUAAAAUACUAGUGUAUAGAUGUUUUUGUCAAAUUCUGCUUUAUCAAUUAACUGUAAUAGGUGAUAGGUUAUUCAGUAACAAAGGAAGACAUAUUUCUUGGACUAGUGAAUUGUUAUAAUUAUCCUCUUUUAAGCUGAAGGAGUGAGCAAUCUACGCACUUGCAACCUCCUUUAUUUUGAUUUGCCAACUUGGGUUAGUCAGUCUCAUUGGCUUAUUAUAUUUCCCGCUUAAUUUGGUUUGGUUGUUUACUGUAGGAAUUUAGCCGUUCAAUAACAAGAAAAAUAAGUUUAAUCGCACAGCUUUGCUGCUGCUUCAACCAAAUCAAGUUAUGAACAAAGGCUGUUUUAAGUAAAUCAGAUAAAUAAAUCUAUUUUAUAGGUCACGCAAUUAACUGUGGAGUAGAAUCAUUGCCUCGUUAGACUCGACGUUAUCGUUGCUGCGAAUUUUUCACUUUUCAUUUCCGAAGCAUUACCAUUAAGGGAGUUAAACUUUGACAGCCCAUUCUAUUUUCGGUAUUCAGGUUAAUAUUAAAAAAUAUUCACUGAAAUAUCGGACACGAAAUAUGGAAGAGAAUUCAUUUCCUUUACUAAAUUGCAAACCAUGGCGUCCAAAUUUGUAAUGAACUUCUUUGGCGGAUCUACGGUUGUUCGGGUGGUUCGGCCGAACCUUAUAAACUGGGAAAAAAAACGUCAAAACACUUGCAGUUUUCAGUUCACGCAAACCUUAUUUUGGAUAUCUUGGGAAAAUUUUACUUGUUGAUCCCAUUUAAGAAUUUUCCGAGAGAUGCAUCCUGGCCGCUCUUGGAUGGUCCUCCUUCGGUGGACAUUAGGAUGCUAGCGAUGUCCUCGUUUAGUAUUAAAGAUAAUAGCAUCUCUCUGGUCUCUGGCACUUGAUUUUGUAUGAUGUCGAAAUAAGAGGCGAUUCAAAUACUCACUGUCAACUUUGUCUUUUACUGAAAUUUUAGUGAGUUUUGAUUAGAAUACACACAGGCAGCCCAAGUUCCAGCUGUGAGAUGAUCAUCUUGCGAAAUAAGAGUCAUGGCCAAAUUAUAAUAGUUUGUAGAGGAAUAUAUUUACGACUGCUCUCAGGAAUAAAAACGAUACCGUCAAAUUCUCAAUAAAAAUACCUCACCUUACUUCAACAGUGCAUCGCUUGUUAUCUGACCGCUUACUGCACAAUGUCGCAUUUACAUGACAUUUGCGCACUAACACCGUUGGAAAAAAUCAGCAUAUUUAUAUAUAUUUUUGGAAAUGUGGUGCAAAUUUAGAUCACUAAAUUUGCUGCAUAAUUGCUCACUUGGCAAACCCGAGUAAGUCCAUUUUUUCGUGUAGGGGAGGGGCUAACCCUCGAAACUUCAACUAAGAAACUCACGGUAGCCUGCAAAUUGUCUAUUGUUAGGUCCUGCGAAGGUGCCAGGAAGAAAAUGUGAAGACCCCGAUUCAGUGAUAUCAACAACGCCGAACGAGGAUGAAACAUUGCAAGUAAAAGUGAAAAGACUAGAGAAUGAUGUCCAACUUCUAAAGGAGAGAGCGGAGAGUCAAGAGAAACAAAUGACUAGACUUUCACGUGAGUUUUUUGAGACAAGGAUUACCACGGAAAUAAUUCCAGCUUUGGAAGGUAACUAAAUCAUGCAAACACUCAAGUUAAGCUUAACAAGAUAUAUAUACAGUCAAACCUAUAUUAAGCGGUCACCCACGGGGAAUGACGGGGUUGGCGCUAAAUACAAGUUAACUGCUAGAUACAUAGGUAUUGGUGUGAUAAAAAUCGAGGAAAAACGCCACUUUAUGCCAUAACAGACAAAUUAUUUUGAAAAAACGUACUCAAAAGUACUAUUAACAUUGAUUUUGGGAGAUUAACAUGGACUGAAUUUUUACUUGAAAGAUUAUUCUUAAUUAGUAGAGGAUUUUCUGGGGGAACACAUGGUUUUCAUGGGGGAUCAGUCGUUACCAACAGGAUAUAAAAGGGGGAGGGGACUGUAGAAAAUUAUCUGCCAUUUUACUGCCACCAAGGGAAGGGGGGUCAUAAGAAUACAACAGAGCUUUUUUUCGUGUCACAACCAAAUUCCUCCAACGAAAGAAAAUCUGAGAUUCGUUAGAAAUGUUUACAACUGAAUUGAAACAGAUCAGGCCUUUCGAGAUUUCAUUCCUUACAUGCUCGCAAAUAUCUGUGCUUUACUGACUUUCCUUACAAAGGCUUUUCAGAGACAAUGCAUUUAGACAUUCUAGCCUUUUAAUAUAUCAAAUUAGAUAUGUACAUGUGCGCGGAAAAUUUGAUGAUUCAAUUGAUAAAAGCGAGAGUAGAUUAUACCAAGAGAUUGUUUGUAUUCUCUUGAUUAUACCUCGACCGCACGCGGAAAGCUUGCGAGGAGUGCCAUAGUUUAUUUCUUAAGUUUUUCUAUCUUCAACCUGCUCCCACUGCAAACUGUUAAACAUCCAAAAAGCUUCUCAUCACAUAAAUGCAUUCCUACUUUAAAAUGACAUUUUUAGGCAAAAACAUGUUGUUUCUUUAUGUUUUUUUUAGUUCAGAAUGCCAGUUACGAAAGGCUCGCAGACAAGCCACGGGGUAUUGACGAACACAAAUGGAAUUUUACCAAAAUGUACGUGGAAAGCCUACAGUUUGAGACGAAAAGUUUAAUGUCUGAAGCAUCUGACAGCGGUAUGGGAACUGAAGGAGCACCAUCUGAAUUUGACGUGGAUAUCGGUGGUCAGUAUCGAAAAGUCAAAAUUACCAAGCUUAGUUUCUUUGAUAAUAAUAAUAAUAAUAAUAAUAAUAAUAAAUUUUUAUUUAAACACGAUAAGUAUUUAAAGCCAGAGGUUUGUGGGGUCGUGUUACAUUAAUAUAACGUAAAAAAAUAUUAAUAUAUAAUAACAUUUAUAAGUUUAUUUAAAAAUAUGAAAAAUAUGUUCAACUCCUUUUAAAUAAUACAGCAAUAUAUCUCGGACACUGCUAAGCAGUCACUCUGGAUCCAACAAACACCACCAAACCAAUAGUUUAUUGAUUUCUAUUGAUAUUCAUCGAAUUCAAAACGACUGCCCAAUAGUGAUGGUUAAGUCAAUCAAUCCAAUGCGAUAUUUAAAUGUCAUAUCAAGAUUGACUCAACCAUGUCUCAAGAAACAUGUACAUUUCAUUAUAUUUUGGUUUACAUCGAUCAGUCAAACGAUCAAAAUUGAAAUAUAAGAAAUCACGUGACUGAGUUAAAAGUUUACAGAAAUGCUUUAUAUUCUUAGAAUCUAUGUAAAAAGCUUUCAUUCUGUUCUUGUUUAGUUUUUGAUCUUGUUGUGAUGACAGCAAAAAAAAACCGUUAUCAUUCUUCGUGAAAUGCUGGAAACCGUGUUUGAAAUGUUCUUUAUAGAAGGUGAAACUUAUUCUUUGAAUGCCGCAGAACCCUCGAACAAAAAAAGUUAUCUUUCAAAUCGGCACUCUCAGUCCCAGGUUAUCAACGAACACUUUUCGUUCAACUUAUCUAUACUAGUUGCCAUGUUCCCACCAAAAGUGUUGCUCCCUUUUCUGCAUAGAAGCACACACAGGAGCCACAAUUCCUUCAUUGGCUCUGACGAAGGGCUAACGCUCGAAACGUCAGCUUUGAAACCCUUAACGAUGGCCAAUUUACGUUAAACUUAUCAACUCAGUUGAUAAUACCAAAUUACCUUGCUAAGUAUUAUUAUUAUUAAUAGCAAUUACCAAAGGUUAGGAAAUGCGGACGAUGCAUUUUUGGCUAUUUGGUUAAUGAAAGAUUUAAGGGCCCAUAGGGAGAAAAAAUUUGUUUUGCGGGGUUGAAAAUUUAGUCCAUGAGGACACCCCCCGUGCUCCAAUCGCUUUUUCCUCUAUUUUGACCCUAACAAUAGAGUGAUUUUAAUAAACCUGUGAAACAGUUACCAACACUGGAUCAUUCCACGGGACACUAGUUCCCUUCUCUUCUGCUGUGAAAUUUUUUUUCAUUUAUCUUUUUUUUGUUCAGAUAAACGUGACAGUCAAACGGUAGCAGGCGACGAUUGGAACUCACUGUCAUCAGCUGUGCAGACUGGCAACUUUGCCAUCAUCGAGAAUAUGUUGUCACGUGGCCUGGAUAUCAACACAAAAAAUAAUGAUGGUAAUACGGCUUUGAUUUUAGCUGUUUCUAGUGGCAAAACAGAUGCCGUAAAUUACCUCUUAGAGAAAGGAGCUGAUCCCUUUAUUGUAGGCCACUCUGGCAUUACUCCACUGCACGCAGCCUCAAAGGAUGAUAAUGUCAAAAUCAUCGAGACACUAAUGUCACAUGGUCUAGAGAUCGAUAUAAAAGAUAAUAGAGGAGUUACACCAUUGAUGGCGGCUGCAGCGUCUGGCAAGAUUGAAGCUGUAAAUUAUCUUUUAGACAAUGGAGCCGAUCCCUCUAUUACAAACCAGUCAGGAAGAAAUUCACUGCACGCCGCUUCAGAGGGUGGUAAUGUCGCAAUCAUCGAGACACUAAUGUCACGUGGCCUAGAGAUUGAUAUAAAAGAUAAUAGAGGAGAUACACCAUUGAUGUUGGCUGCAGUUUGUGGCAAGAUUGAAGCUGUAAAUUAUCUUUUAGACAAUGGAGCCGAUCCCUGUAUUAGAGACCAGUCAGGAAGAAAUUCACUGCACGCCGCUUCAGAGGGUGGUAAUGUCGCAUUCAUCGAGACACUAAUGUCACAUGGUCUAGAGAUCGAUAUAAAAGAUAAUAGAGGAGUUACACCAUUGAUGGCGGCUGCAGCGUCUGGCAAGAUUGAAGCUGUAAAUUAUCUUUUAGACAAUGGAGCCGAUCCCUCUAUUACAAACCAGUCAGGAAGAAAUUUACUGCAUGCCGCUUCAGAGGGUGGUAAUGUCGCAAUCAUCGAGACACUAAUGUCACGUGGCCUAGAGAUUGAUAUAAAAGAUAAUAGAGGAGCUACACCAUUGAAAUUGGCUGCAGCUUUUGGCAAGAUUGAAGCUGUAAAUUAUCUUUUAGACAAAGGAGCCGAUCCCUGUAUUAGAGACCAGUCAGGAAGAAAUUCACUGCACGCUGCUGCACAUGGUGGUAAUGUCGCAAUCAUCACAAAAAUGCUGUCACUUGGUUUGGAUGUUAAUUCAAAAGAUAUUAGAGGUCACACACCGUUAAAAAUCGCAAAAACAUUUGGUAAAACUGAGGCCGUAACCUUCCUACUUAGCAAGGGAGGACAUUAG